AAGUGCAUUCCAAUUUGGUUUUCAAUGUCUUUUUCUUAUAAAAAAAUAUACAGUUAAAGAGAAAGUUAAGUAUUAGAACUUGUCGCUGUGAACGUCAGCAAAGUUUUGUUCCAGGUGCUGCAAGCUCUAGACUUGUCAUUUGGAGUUAUAUUAAAAGAGGCUGUUUAAUAUGGAUAAAAUCGUAUUCACUGUCAACGGAGACGAGUAUACUUUGUCGGGUAGCGAGGUGAGCCCGGAGACGACGCUGAACGAGUUCCUGCGCGAUCACCUGCACCUGUUCGGCACGAAGGCCAUGUGCCACGAGGGCGGCUGUGGCGCCUGCGUCGUGGCCGUCGCCCACACUCACCCAGUUUCCAAGGAGAAAGAAAUCUUUUCUGUUAACUCGUGCUUAGUGCACGUCCUAUCGUGCCACCAGUGGGAGAUCACAACCAUCGAGGGUCUGGGCAACAGACGCGUCGGCUACCACCCGUUGCAGGCGCGGCUGGCCGCCUUCAACGGCACGCAAUGCGGCUACUGUUCGCCCGGCUGGGUCAUGGGCAUGUACAGCUUGUACGAGCGCGCGGGCCGCAAGCUGAGCGCCGCGGAGGUGGAGCGCUCGUUCGGCGGCCACGUGUGCCGCUGCACCGGCUACCGGCCCAUCCUCGACGCCUUCAAGUCCUUCGCCGGCGACGCCGACCCCGGCCUGGCCGCCCGCGCCGCCCGCGCCCCGGGCCUCCCCGACGUGGAGGACCUGUCCCGCGGCUGCGCGCCCGGCGACUGGUGCGUCAUCGGCGCGGGCGCCGCGGCCGCCGCGGCCGCCGGCGUCGUGGCGCUGCGGGGGGACAGGCACCGCUGGUACAAGGCCUACACCGUCAAGGAUGUCUUCACGAUCCUGGCGCGCGAAGGCACGAGCGACUGCAUGCUCGUCGCAGGCAACACGGGCAAGGGCGUGUUCUGGACAGGUGCGGCGCGCGUGCAGGUGGACAUCGCCUCGGUGGAGGAGCUGCGCGAGUGCCGGCGCGACGCCAACCUCUGCCUCGGCGCGGCGGCCUCGCUCACCGAGAUGAUGGAUCAGUGCAAGAAGUGGCAGACAGACAGCGACUUCCGCUACUUAGAGGAGUUCCACCAGCACCUCGACCUCGUCGCGCACGUGUCGGUCAGAAAUAUCGGCACCAUCGGCGGCAAUCUGGCAAUGAAGAACAAGCACCCCGAGUUCCCCUCAGACGUGUUUCUGCUCCUGGAUACCGUGCAGGCCACCAUCACCGUAGUGAACAGCUUGCUAGAAAAAAAGGAGCUGUCGCCGGCCGACUUCCUGCUGGAGGACUUGACCGGCAAGCUGAUCAGCAAGGUGGAGCUGCCGCCCCUCGGCGCCGACAACCUUGUGCGCACUUAUAAGGUGAUGGCGCGCGCGCAGAACGCGGUGGCCGUCGUGAACGCGGGGUUCCUGUUCCGGGUGGACGGCGCCGGCGAGGUGCGGGCGGCCACGCUCGCCUUCGGCAACAUCUGCGCGGGGCUGCAGCGCGCGCGCCGCGCCGAGGAGGCGCUGCGCGGGCGCCGGCUGUGCGCCGACGACGCGCUGCAGGCGGCGCUGCGGGCGCUGGCCGCCGAGCUGGCGCCCGCGCGAGGGCGGCUCCGAGUUUCGGACGCGAACCUCGGCCCGCAGGUGCGGCUGGACGUGACGGUGCAGCGCCAGCGGCGCGGCCUCGACGUGCGGCACGAGCUCGCCGGCUCGUUCAACAUGGGCGCGCAGUACCACUACUCGCUGGAGACGCAGAGCUGCCACUGCGAGCCCACGGAGCGCGGCCUGCGCCUGCGCAGCGCCACGCAGUGGCCCGACCGCGUGCAGCAGGCCGUGGCGGGCGUGCUGCGCCUGCGCGCCGCCGACGUGCAGGUGGAGACGCGCCACGUGGGCGGCGCCUACGGCGGGAAGGCGUCGCGCUCGGCGCUGGCGGCCUGCGCCUGCGCGCUGGCGGCGGCGCGCCUGGGCCGGCCCGCGCGCCUGGCGCUGCCGCUGCGGGACGGGCUGCGGGCGCUGGGCAAGCGCGGCGAGUUCGAGGCGACCUACUCGCUGGGCGCCGACGCCGCCGGCCGCCUGCAGCGCCUGGACGUGGAGUACUACUGCGACUGCGGCUGCAGCUUCAACGAGUCGCCCGUCGGCGCCGUGAAGAUGAUCGUCGUGCUGAGGAGCCUGUACGCCAGCGACACCUUCCAGCUGAAGGGGUACAGCGUGCGCACCGACAAGCCGUCCAACACGUGGUGCCGCGCGCCGGGGACCGCGGAGGGGACGGCGCUGAUGGAGCACAUCAUGGAGCGGAUCGCCCUCGCCACCGGCCGGGACCCGUUCGAGGUGCGCCUGGCGAACCUGGCGCCGGCGCACGACGACAUGCGCGACGUCGUCGCCGCGUUCCGGCGGGACUGCGACUUCGACCGGCGGCUGCUGGCCGUCGACCGGUUCAACGCCGACAACGCCUGGAGGAAGCGCGCCCUGAAGGCCACCCUCAUGUGGUACCCCGUCGACGCCGCGGGCCCCUUCAACGUGGUGGUGGCCGCGUACCACGGCGACGGCUCGGUGGCGCUGGCGCACGCCGGCAUCGAGAUGGGGCAGGGCAUCAACACCAAGGCGGCGCAGGUGUGCGCGCACGAGCUGGGCGUGCCGCUGGACACAGUGUCCGUGCGAGGCACCGACACGUUCACGUCGCCCAACGCGAUGGUGACCAGCGGCAGCUCCACGAGCGAGACCGUCGCCUUCGCCACCAUGCAAGCCUGCAAGGAGCUCAAGCGGCGGCUGGACCCGUUCCGGAAGGACGGCAUGACGUGGAAAUGCGUCGUGAAAGAAGCGUACAAAGCGGGCGUCGACCUGCAAGCGAGCUACACGACGCACCCGAGUGUGGACAAGCUGAAGCCCUACAGCGUGUACGGCGCGUGCUGCCUGGAGGUGGAGCUGGACGUGCUGACGGGGCAGCACGUGGUGCGGCGCGCGGACAUCUUCGAGGACACGGGCUUCAGCCUCAACCCGGACAUCGACGUGGGGCAGGUGGAAGGCGCGUUCGUGAUGGGGCUGGGCCUGUGGACGUCGGAGCACCUGGUGCAUGAGCCCGCGUCGGGCCGGCUGCUGACGGACAGCUCGUGGCUGUACAAGCCGCCGGGCGCGCAGGACAUCCCGCGCGACCUGCGCGUGGCUUUCCGCCGCAACUCGCGCAACGCUGCGGGGGUGCUGGGCUCCAAGGCGACGGGCGAGCCGGCCCUGGUGCUGGCGGUGGCCGUGGCGCUGGCGCUGCACCACACCAUCCUCGAGGCCAGGAAGGAGUUUGGCUACGUGGACGACGAGUGGCUGCACAUACAAAGCCCUUACACCCUGGAAACCAUACUAAACGCAAUAUCUCCUAAGACGGAAUAUUUCAAGCUCAAAUGAUACAAUUAAUAUGCAUAGAUAAAGAAAUACAAUAAUAACAAACUUUUAACCGAAUAUUGUUUGAUACAUUGACGUAUUUAAUACUUGUAAGAAUAUCACAUUUUUUAAAUUGUUUUGAUAAAUUAGGUACGUAAAGUGAAUGAACGAAGAACGAACGC